AUGCGGCCACCCACCCACCCAAACCUGUCUACUCCAACUACUCACGCCAACGGUCGGCUCAAGGCUGUGCACGAGCGCGAGCUCGACGGCAAGUCCCUCGUGACGACGUGGAACAGAGCCACCAAGGACGACGAGGGCACCCACGAGACGAUUUGCUCGGAAGGCGUGGCGUCGGCGGAGGAGUUUGAAGGGCUGUGGAAGGACACGCCGUUUGCCAAGGCCCAGAAAGCGGGCGAGCCGCUGCCGGCGUCCGACAACACGAAGACGCUGCCGAAAGAGGACAAUCCUGCCAUCGAGCCGGCCACCCAACAGGAUGCCACCAUGUCGUAA